CAACACUAUACAUAUAAUGCGUUGCUGCUCAAGUGCAUAGCGUCAAGCAUCGCAUAGGAUACUUUUUCUCUGGCUAAAUUGUUCAUUCUCACUCCUUUCUCAACCCACCCCCCCCCUUUCAUCCAAUCAGUGGGCAUGGGGUCUCAGGUCCAAACAGAUAUCUUGAUCAUUGGAGCUGGGCCGGCUGGAGCAGCUUUGGCAUCUUUCUUGGGCCAGAAUGGGUUAAGCGGGCUCGUGAUAUCGAAAGACUCUUCUACUGCCUUUACACCAAGAGCUCACGGAUUUAAUCCUUUUGCUUUCGAAUGUCUCCGCGACAUCGAUCUUGAGGAUGAAGGGUUGAGACUGGCAAUUCGUGGCUCUACCCCUCUAUCCAUGCGAUUUUCCCGAAACUUGAUUGGAGAAAAAGAGUACGGGAGAGUCCUGGCAUGGCAGGAGAUGCCAGUCAGUGCGGGUCGAGUGAAGGAAACGACUCCAUGCGAAUACGUCGACUUGACUCAACGCCACAUCGAACCACUUCUCCUCCGCUAUGCCUCUCAUCACAACUUUAAACAUCGCUUCUCGACAGAACUUAUCAAGGUGGAGCGUAUCAGUGAUGAUCUUGGUAUAGGAUACCUCUGUGCUAUUCAAGAUCACAUAACAAACCGGCACUUCAACAUCCGUACCAAGUAUCUUUUCGGUGCAGAUGGGGGGCGAAGCCAGAUAGCUCGUUCCUUCAAUUUCAACUUCUCGAUCACUCCAGGGGGCCCCAAGGCUUGCAAUGUUCUAAUUCGCGCAGAACUCGGUCAUCUCUUAAAGGAGAAGCAGUACGCCGGCCUCCAUUGGAUGAUCAAGCCCGACCGCAAGACCUUCCCUGGAGUCGUUGCUCACCUGCGCAUGGUUCGGCCAUGGAACGAAUGGGUCAUGGUUGCUUUUGGACCUGGCGGCACGAAUCCAUUCGAAGGACUUACUACAGAGAGCCCUGAGCUUGUUGAUUGUUUCCGAGAGCUUGUCGGAGACGAAAAUAUAGAUGUCAAGGUCCUGCAGAUUGACCCUUGGACCGUCCGCGAAGCUGUUGCAAAAGAAUACUCAAACAGCGAAAAGAAUGUCUUCCUGCUCGGUGACGCAGCUCACCGUCACCCUCCCACAUUUGGCUUGGGGAGCAACACUUGCAUUCAAGAUGCGUACAACCUAGCAUGGAAAGUCGCGUAUGUCGCAAAGGGCUUAGCUGGCCCCAAUCUCUUGGAGUCGUAUAACACGGAGCGGCAACCAGUCGGCGCAAAGCUUGUGCGCGAGUCCAACAACCAAAUUCGCGCCAAUUCCGAGAUAUGGGAAGCGCUGGGAAUGACUGCUUCACCCGAAGAAGGAGUUAAGCAGCUGGAAGAGCUGACGCAGGCGACCGCUGCAGGCUCAGCUCGUCGAGUGCGGCUCCAAGAGGCUUUAGAGCAAAAGAGGCAGGAGCUAGAAAGCCUCGGAAUGGCCUACAAUCAGUGGUACACCUCUGAUGCUGUAUACCUGGACGACGAGGACAGCCCCAGGCCUACCUUGGAGGGCGACCCCAUCGUGGAGGUGCAGAUCAGCACAUAUCCCGGCAGUCGACUACCUCAUGUCUGGCUCGAUGGUGCUUCGCGCCAUACAUUGGAAUCAACACUUGAUCUCGCUGGGAAAGGCUCCUUUUGCUUGCUGGUUGGAGUUGGUGGGCAAGCUUGGAGGGUUGCGGCGGAAAACAUUCGUAAAGCCACGGGCAUUCCAAUGGUCAGUUAUGGCAUCGGGCAUGGCUUGGAAUAUACUGACAUUCGCCGCGACUGGCAUCGGAAGAGUGGAGUGGGAGAGACCGGAUGUGUUUUGGUUCGGCCUGAUAGAUUCGUCGCUUGGAGGUCUGUUGGACAGCCCAACGACUGUGAGAAGAAGCUAAGGCAGGUACUCAAUAAGAUCCUGUCCAAGUGAAACCUAUAGCUUAGUACACUCUAUUCAAUAGUACAUAACGAAGUCAAUAACAGCAGAUGGAUCGUAUAAAUCG